AGAGGCAAUUUCCCUUCACUGGAACGAUGCCUCUGUGCAUAAAGUGUCCUGCACAGAGCCCUGACUGAACUCAAACCCACUCCACACCUUUGGGAUGAACUGGACCUGGAGCCUCCUCAUCCUCAACAUCCCAACAUGAUUUCAGUGAUGUUCUUGCAACUGAAUGAACACAAAUCCCCACAGCCACGCCCCAAAAUCUCGUGGAAAGACUUGGCAGAAGAAAAGAGAAAUGUGGAACUUAUUGUUGCAGGAAAAGGGAAUAAAUCUGGAACGGGAUGUUCAGCUCGGACGGACGGGUGUGAUGGUCAGGGGUGCACAUCCUGACAGACAGAACAGAUAGAGAGAGACUGAUAUCCAUGUGCGCAUUCUUUCUGCUGUGAUGAAGUGAUGAAGGCUUGAGAAGCAGCCAUGCUGAGCGCCAAUGCGCCGCACCACACCACACGCCUAAAUGUGAAAGUAAAACCAAAGCGAGUCCAAAUUGCGCACCACACAGCGCCACACUGCAGUGCAAUCUGAGGACGCAGGCAGAGAAACAGCUCCCCUCUCCAAACCUCCUGACAUGAUCAUGAAUUCAAAAGAUGGUUUUGCAGUAUAAAAUGGAGCCGCGCUGUGACACAGAACCUGAAGACAUCAAUGUAGAUCUUGGGGAAACCACCCCUGAUCGGCUAUUAGACCUCAUCGUCUCCACUCCGCUUGAAAAUUUUGCAUUUGAAGAAUUUCUCGAUUCCAAUUACUCAGACGAGGUCUUCGACAAUAUCCAAGAUGGACCAGAAGAUAAAUGCACAAUGGGAUGUGAAGUUUGGAACAAGAAUUUCUCUGCCAGGCGAACCAGGAAGCGUCAAGGAGUGAGUGAAAGAGCAUCAAGGAAAACACCUCGCCCAAAACGCAAUAAAACCGCCCCAAAGAGCUCUGAAAGCUCCCCUGAAGUCAACAUGUCUGUGCAAGAAGGGGAUUUCCAUGUCACUAGCAUGUCCUCGGUCGUACGCAUCCCCUUAACAAUCGCCCCCAACGCCUCUCUGAUGCCAUCUGGUGUGCCAGCAAUGCAGAUCAUACAAACAUGCAAUCCUAUCUCUUCUCCAGUGAUAAAAAGCAUUCUGCCCGUUGGGCACACCUAUUUGUUGGUUUCGCCACAGUCUCUCGCUCCAGUGCCAGCACCACAGUUUGCCCCUCUGUCACCUGUCGAUGGUACAGUGGCUCCUUCGGAGCUCAGUGUGUCCAUUAAUCCCGUAAGCUCAUUAUCGGACAGCAUGAGUAGGGGUCAGUCUCCAUCCCAACUUGCUCCUGUCUCCCCCUCAAAAGACACAUCGCCCUCCAAAGAGUAUCUUCCUGCAACCCAGGAAAUCAAGAAGAUGCCAGUAAUACCAAAGAAUGUUCAAGACUUCAUCGAGCACUUGAAGUCACACCUAGGAGAAAUGUGCAGCAUGAUGCAAGGAGGAAUGAUCAUGGAGUCUCACUACAUAGACACACCACUGGUGCAAAGGAAGCUUAUAAUCAGGACUGGAAAGAAUGCAAACAAAUGUUUAGAGAAGGAACUUGUGGUGCUCAGUGACUCAGAGCGAAAGAAAGCCAUGAUGCACAGGAGCCAUGUUUUCCAAAACUGUGGAUCUAAUAACAAGCACCUGAUUACCAUCCUUGGGAAAGCUGGCAUGGGAAAAAGCACAUUUGUCCAGCGUUUGGCCUUGGACUGGUCCACUGGUGGCCUUCAGCAGUUCCAGUUCAUCUUUUUGCUGAAUUGCAAGGUUCUCAAUUUGACUCAGGCUAGCUUCAGUUUGAAGAGUUUGCUAUUUGACUCAUCCAUGUCUCCUCGGUGUGAAGAUUCUGAGGCUGUCUUCAAACACGUUCUCUCCUUUCCAGAGAACGUUCUCAUUGUUUUUGACAGUUUCGAUGACAUGAAAGACCUUGAAGGUCUUCUUCAAUCCCCCGCUACCUCAGCCACAGAUGGCAACUACAGUAUCAGGCAGCUAUUUUCUGGUUUGUUCCAGAAAAAGAUUCUGUCAGGGUGCACUCUUUUGAUCGCCACCCGACCCAAAGAUGUCUUGAAUCAGCUGCUGCGUAAAGUAGACAGUAUCUUGGAGUUAAGUUGCUUUUCUCCAAAGGACAUAGAAAUGUAUGUUUCAAACUAUUUCAGGGAUGUUUCAGAGAAAGUUGAUGCACUAAGAAGAAUCAAGAACCAAAAAUACAUUUUCAGCUUAUGCUCGAACCCUUUGCUGUGUCGCCUUACGUGCUUUUUGUCAGAGCAUCAAAAAAGAAAAGAUGAUCCUUUGCCAUCUACUCUUACGGAUUUAUAUCAAAUAGUGCUCAACCAGCAUCGAGAGCUGAAUGAUAACCUUCAGGGAUCCAAACAGAACAUUGUACAGUUGUGUAAUGUAGCAUGGGAUGGAUUUAAGACUCAAAACUCCCUUUUAAACCAAAAUCAAAACAAAAAGCUGGUAGAUUAUGGACUCAGCUCUGGGAUUCUGAUGACACAGACACAAUGCGAAGAACAUGGCAACAACCAGGUCACUUAUUUUGUUAAUCUUUUUGUGCAGAACCUUCUAAGUGCCCUGCAUUUGGUACAUUCCAGUGAGCUGAAUGAUAAAACUCUGCUGGCUCAGACCACAUUCCACCAACGGAAAAGGAAAUCUCAAGGAGAAUGGCAGGAUAUGCUACAACGGUUCAUAAUGGGAUUACUGUUUCAGAAAAACACAUCCUACUGUUGUAGGUAUUUCCAAACCAGUACUGACCUACAGGCCAAAAGAAAAGCGGUGGAAACUCAUCUGGAGAAUCUGAAACCAGACAAGCUGAUUCCCAGCAGGUUACUGGAACUAUUUCACUGUGUGUACGAAACCAGAAAUGUCAAACUCGCCAAACUUCUGGUCAAAAACCUUCCUGACAAUCUGUCGUUUUGUGGAGCUCAGCUCUCUCCAGUGGACGUCUAUGUUGUUUGGCAUCUUUUCUUCCAUACCAAAGGACACAAACAGACUUUUUCUAUUGACCUGAGGGACACCUGCGUUCCACUCAGUGGUCUCAAAGACCUGGUCGCGCUGGACUGUGUGGCAUCAUUCCGGGCACCUACGAUGGACACCAUUCACCUGUGGGAGGACCUGCAUCACAGCAACGAUAAACUGAGUUUGAAAACUGCCAUUGAAAAGUUUACUAUAAACCCACUGAAGGUGUCUCGGGUGUCUCAUGUGGAGAACCUGGUCAUUCUUGUCCAAAUCCACAAUGAGAAGAAGCUGCCCUUAUGCGAGGCUGAGCCGGCUCUGGAGGACGGCAUCCCAGCGGUGAGGCAUCUUCACAAGCUGGAGUACGAGCUCGGCCAGCAGAACGGCCCUAAGGUUUUUCUCCGGCUGAUGGAGAUCUUACCUGCUCUUCAGUCUCUUCAUCACCUGGAUCUGGAGAAUAAUAAACUGGGGGACAUGGAAGCUGAACAUUUGGCUGGUGUGCUGAGCUCGCUGUCAUCUCUGAAGCUGCUGAAUCUUUCUCAGAACUGCAUCGGAGAUGGUGGAGUGCGGAAACUGUCCAAAGCCCUGACCUCUGUGUCCUCACUGCAGAGCCUCAGCCUGUAUGGAAACGUGAUCGGGGACAGCGGAGCUGAGAGCUUGGCGUCGGUUUUACCGCUCAUGACGUCUCUGCUCCACCUGGAUGCGAAGUACAACAAGUUCACAGACAUUGGAGCCAAAAAGCUCAGUGCUGCAUUAAAGGACUCGCCAAGUGUGAAAUCUCUUCAAAUGUGGAACGACUGUAUUCCUUAUGGAGUUUUUGAGCAUCUUCAGAUUCAAGACUGCAGGAUAAAAGCGCAAUAAUUCACAUUUUAUUUCAAAAGGAAAAGAAAAAGACUGCUGCUCCUUACACUAUGUUCUUCAGGUACGCACACUUUACUGAAUGCUGACGCCUCUGCAAAGACACUAAUGUUCUACGGUGCGUUGUUUUUGUGUUGCAAUGUUUCUGUCUGAUAUGUUUUUGGCUUCUGCCUAAUAAAGUACCUUUUUGUAAAGAAAUAAA